AUGAUUCACAAAAAUGUUGUAUUUGGAAAUCAUAUUACAGCUAAUAAGUUAGAAAGAUUAGUUAAAAAAUAAAAGAUAUUGUUAAAGUCAUCAUAUGAUACAAAAGAAACAAAAAAUAGAAAAAUAUGUAAAUCUAAAAGCUUCAAAUUCGAAAUUCAUCCACGCACUUUUUAAGAAACUCACAAUUCUCCAUUAAAAAAUUAAAUACAAUUAGAGUUACCUAGCGAAAGAAGUCCUAUUCGUCUUGCUUCUUCUAAGCCAAUUUUAGAAUUUUUUUCAAGGAGUUAAAAAUCAAUGACUAGCCUAUAAUUAAAAAACACCAUUAUUGCUAAUAAGUUGCAAAGGAGAUGGAGUAAUUAUGAAUUAAUUAGUGAAAAAUAAAAGCGCCUCAAUAACAAAGCUCCAAAAUCAGUUAUUAAAUAUUAAUAUCUUAUGGCAGUAAAAGCGAAGAAAAAGAAAAUUCAAAGAAUGAAAAUGUAAUACAGUAAGUUCAUUUUACUAUAUAGAGUUUUUGGGGAAAAAGAAUAAUAAAGUUAAAAAAACCAGAAGUAAAACUUAGCCAUUAGAUCCUGUUAUUAAAAUGAGACACAAAAGAGCUUAAACAGAAAUUAAAGAAUAUAAUGAAGGACUUAUUUUUCCUUUGGAACAUAGUUUAAUUAGAAAAAUUGUUAAAUUAAUAAUGAUGAAGAAAACAGCUGUUAAAAGAUAAACUUGCUUUUAAAUUCCAAAAGGAAGUAUGCUACUUUCAAAAGAAAAAUUAAUUAGAUUUUAAUAAUAAAUUAAUGAAAAAUUGGUUUCAUAAUCAGAAUCAGAGAGUUAAAUUGAUGGAUCGCCUUGCUUAGAUUCAUUAAGAGCAUAUUAAAGAAGAGUUAAUUUUGAAGAGAAAAAAUUUUAGAUUAAAAUUAUGUCAAGGAAGAAGAAAAACCUAAUUAAAGCAUUAUAAAAUAAACAAACAUUCAGUAUCAUUAAUUCUUAUGUUUCAAACAAGGCUAAAACCUAAAAUUCAAUAUAACAAUAGAGUUUUUAGAAUUCUCUUCAUUAGAAGAGCACAUAAUAAACACUUUGUGAUUUUAUGUCUAAAUAAGGAGAUAGAUUAACAACAUUUCAUAGUACUCAUGAGUAGCCUUAAAUUUAGUAAAAAACAAAACGAUCAAAUAUGUUAACUAAAUUAUUUCCUUAUCUACAACCUUAAAAAAAUAUCAGCAAAUGA